UUUUGCCCCUUUUUUUGGCUGGGCUCGUCCAGCCCGGGCAGAGCCAGGAGAGGGAGAAGGUGAAAUGCUACGGCUCAGUGCAGGGCACCAUCUACGACUACGGGGCCCUGACCAUCGAUGGGGACGAGUACGUGCCCUUUAGGAAGUACGCGGGGAAGAUGGUCCUCUUCGUCAACGUGGCCACCUACUGAGGCCUCACCCUGCAGUACCUUGAACUGAAUGCACUACAAAAUGAGCUGGGUCCCUACGGGCUCGUUGUCCUGGGCUUCCCCUCCAACCAAUUUGGGAAGCAGGAACCCGGCCAGAACUCGGAGAUCCUCCCCGCGCUGAAGUACGUCCGGCCAGGGGGUGGCUUUGUCCCCAACUUCCAGCUCUUCCAGAAAGGAGAUGUGAAUGGGGCCAAGGAGCAGAAGGUCUACACCUUCCUGAAGAACGCUUGUCCCCCAGUGGCGGAGGAGUUUGGGAACCCCAAGAACCUCUUCUGGGAGCCCCUGCGGAACCACGACAUCAAGUGGAACUUUGAGAAGUUCCUGGUGGGCCCUGACGGCGUGCCUGUCAUGCGCUGGUACCACCGUGCCAACAUCGCCGUCGUGAAGAACGACAUCAUCACCUACAUGAGGGAGCAGCAGGGCCAGUAGAGGCGGGGGAUGCUGGCUUAGGGGGUGGUCCCCCCCUAAGCUGGCCCCCCCCCUCGCUGUUGCAGGGCUGCUCCCCAUCUUUCCCCUCCCAGGAUGCUCCCCAGCAGCAGGAGUCAAACCCUGAGCCAGCACCUUGUCCCCUCCAUCGCUCCUGUCCCUGCCACCCCCAGCUGGGAUGCUGGGCAACGUGGUGGCAGAGACCUCAGUGAUGGGAGGGGAAUGUUUCCCAAUAACUCCAUGUCCCACUUCCACCCUGACCACAUCUCCUCCUGACCACCAGCUUGCCCCCUAU